AUGAGCCCCACGUCACGACCUUGGAGCCCUGCGAUCCAUUCACGUACCUUCGGCCGUGCUGCCGCUUAUGCCGCUCAAUCGCUGGUCGAUGUGGUGACGCGGUCCUUGUCCCCUGUUGGCGCACAAGGCUAUGCAUCGAUGCUCUUUGAUGCGCCGACGACCAUGUCGCCUUGUCAAAUGGCCACCGAAUGGGGUACAGCUGAAACAGAUACAGAUCCACGAUUCUCUCCAUCCCCUCUCUCCGCUGGGAGCACGCCCUAUUCCCAGCGUCCACAAUCGCGUCCUGUGCGUCUUGAGCCCACCGUGUCGGAACGCAGCGAAUCCAGCGAGCAUGCCAUCCCGAUGGAGUCCAUUGUGGUGCCACAGGCACGCCGUGGGGCUGUCUUCCUGAAUGCGCGGAGACGUCGCCGUCGCCGUCAACGCUCGCAGCGCUCCUUCCUGCAGGCAUGGUCCAUGCAGGUCAUACUCAUGCAGCUUCGGUCCUUUUUGCAAUUAUUGCUGCACCCCAAGGAGCUGUAUAAGCAUGUUCAUCAGUGUGUGGCAUCUCAGUGGAAGUGCUGGGACGAGUCAUUCCGUGACCCCACUACGCACGCGCGUUGCUGGUGGCCUGAUUGGCUUCGAGCCUAUACGCCUCUUAUGAUCUGGGUUUGUGUAAGCCUGACCAGCACGUUCCUGGUCAUGCUUUUCCAUACGCCCUUGUUUCACUUGCUGAACACCCUUUCGUUGGCGCUGCGCAAUAUGGGGUGGAUGGGCCGCGUUCUCUUUGGUUUGCUGAUAUUUAUGACCACGUUCCCACCCAUGCCGCUGUAUUCUACGAUGAUCGUUCUAGCUGGCUAUACGUUCGGUGUAUGGCAGGGUUUUCUUGUGAGCUACAUAGCUGCCCUAAGUGGUGCUGUGGCGGUGUUUAUUCUCAGCCGCACAUGGCUGCGUGGCUGGAUGGCCCGCAUGCUUACGCAUGCGGGCAGCUUGAAACGUAUCGUCCAUGCGAUUGAACUUGAGCCACGCUUGCUGUUUUUGAUUCGUUUGGCUCCAUACCCCUACAAUCUGCUCAACACGCUGCUAGCAAGCUCUCAUGUGCUUACAUUGCGAACAUAUAUGACAUGCACAGCCUUGGCCCUGCCUAAACUCCUAGUCCAUACGAGCAUUGGCUCUUCCCUGGAGAGCUUUGCCACCUAUCACGCCAGCCCGAAAGGCGAUACCUCAUCAUCGCUUCCCACCAAUGACGGCACAUCCUCCUCGCCGGGCGUUCUGGUAUCACAUCCACAAAGGACGUCUCAUUCACAGCGUACAGAAACGAUUCGCCAGGUGGCUAGUGUUGUGGGCAUCUUGCUGUGCAUGGGUGUCUUUGUGUACCUCUACUUUGUGACACAAUGCGCAGUCGACAAGUUUGACGAUGGCCUUGACUUUGACUCUGUGGAGUACGACACGGUAUCGGAAACGGAUAUGGAAACGGACGAUACCGUCGAGGCAGAGGGCAAGGAUUCGAUAAUGACAGACGAUGUCGUGCAUGUGCCAUUGAUGGCGUAUGCGCGACGCGCAGACUCUCAGCCGCCUCAUCGCCGAACUAUGACACCUAUGGAAGAACGUAUGGUACAAGGGCCCUCCUGGGUUGAGUCCUACGAUCUCGGAUUAACGUCCAAGGGUAUCAAAUCGGAACCAACGUGGUCAUCCCAGUCCAUUGCGGCCCUCGAGCAAGCCGCUGAAGCAGAUUCAAGGCAUAGGUAA